GUCGGCUCAGCUGUUCAGCGUCGUCGCCUAGUGAUGACGUAAUAGUCAGUUGCCGCCGGUCCAGCUGGGAGUCGUUGAAAGAUGCCAACGUCUGUGCAGGAAAUUCACAUCUCCUCCAAGCCUGACUCCACCUACUUCCUGCGAGUGGACUGGAGUGGGCCAGACCUGGGUUUGGGCUUCCACUUGCUGCUGACUGAUGGACAGAAUGCAUGGAGAGGAGAAGUGAGUGAGGCGGCUGUGUCUGGUGAGGCAGAGGAGCUGGAGAUGCAGAGGGAGCGGUACAUCCAGGACCUUCAGCAGGCGCUGGCUGGGACUGAGAGCUCUGACUGCUACAGCUUCACCCUGACGCCAUCUUCUCCAAACCACAGCUCCACUGUUACACUGGGAUACGAGAAGGUGCAGAAGGACAUCUCAUUUAGGCUGGGUUCUGUGUUCCUGGUAUCCAUCCCAGAGCCGGCAGGGGCUGUGAGGGAGUUACUGAUCCACACUCUGCAGAGGGGAAAUACACUGGAGCACCAGAACCAGAGCCUGGAGGACAAAAACUGGAGACUGAGACAAGAACAACAGCGCAUCACUGCAGAACUGAAGCGAUAUGCCCGUGGUAAGGAGGACUUAGAGGCCGAGCUCUAUUCACAGUUUGUCCUCAUCCUGAAUGAGAAGAAAGCAAAGAUCCGCAGUCUGCAGGAAACUGUCUCACACUUGCAGCCAUCCAGGAAUUCUGAUGGUCAAGAUAAAAGGGAUCCAACAAAGUCAGAGCAGAAAACAGGUGAUGAAGAGGAGGACAAUGAAUAUGGGGGGAGCACUGAUGAAGAGCCUGAAGAAGUGAAGAUGACCCCAGCUGCCGCUUCACAGUCCUGUGUUUCCACUACUCCGAGCCCACUGGACGACCACCUGAAGGACAUCACUGAUGUGGCCCCCUGUCGCAAACGCCGCUUUCGUCACCUUGGGCCCUCUGACCCUGCGAUGAAACGACAAAACCCACAGACCUCCCAAGGGAAGAGGUAUGGAUGUGAUUACCUUUAAAACCAUGUAAUGCCAUUAACAUGUGUCUCACUGAGAGUCAGCUUAAUGUGAAAAGACGUCUCCUGCUUUAUGAUGUCACUUAAUAUCUUUUGUGAAAUGGUCUGCCGGCCUUGUAGCUCAUAAACAGUUGUCGUAUUUAUACUUGAAUGUGUUGGUGUAGCCAGGGGGUGACAUCUGUAAACAACAAUAGCACAAAGACACAAAUGCACUCUACUGUUAAAAGUUAAAACAGACUUCCCUCUUUUACAGUAGAUCUAGAACUGCUUCACUUUCAUACUUUCUUCAUCAGUUGCUCCUUUUUUUUUCUCGUCUUCUCUCGCUCUGUCCCCUCCCUCUUCCACCUUGUGAAUGGGAAAAUCAAACAUCAUAAAAAUUCCAUGCCAUGGAACUCCUUUAUGUCGGGCAAUUACACCAAAUCUGCAGUGGCUCUCUACGAAUGUAACCUUUGCACUCAAACAUUCACAUGGCCGGAGGUUGUUGUUUUGGUAGCUGGUCAAACAAUUGUAUUCAAGCAUCAUUGGAAACACCUGUAGACCCUAUAAUUAGAUAUGCUGCAUUCAAAUGGGCUU